AAACCCAAGAAAUAGGACCGGAGGUGGGAAAUUUUAUUAAACAUAAAGAAAAUAAAAAGCCAAAAUAAAAAAUAAAAAAAAAACAAAGCGAGAGGAAAAUUCUCAGGGAGAACUGAGAAGAAUGGAAGGGAAAAAAAUGAAGGCGGAUGAAGUGAGAUCGGUGGAGGAGAGAUACACUCAAUGGAAGUCUCUGGUGCCUGUCCUAUACGAUUGGCUCGCUAAUCAUAACCUUGUUUGGCCCUCUCUUUCUUGCCGGUGGGGCCCACUACUAGAGCAAGCUACUUACAAGAAUCGUCAGCGUCUUUACCUUUCAGAACAGACUGAUGGAAGUGUUCCAAACACACUUGUAAUAGCAAACUGUGAGAUUGUUAAACCUAGGGUUGCCGCUGCAGAGCACAUAUCUCAGUUCAAUGAAGAAGCACGUUCUCCCUUCGUAAAGAAAUGUAAAACUAUUGUAUACCCUGGUGAGGUGAAUAGAAUCAGAGAACUCCCACAGAACAACAAGAUAGUUGCGACACAUACUGAUAGUCCUGAUGUCCUCAUUUGGGAUGUAGAGGCCCAACCUAAUCGUCAUGCUGUGCUGGGAGCUACAAAUUCUCGGCCAGAUCUGAUAUUGACCGGACAUCAAGAAAAUGCUGAAUUUGCUCUUGCUAUGUGCCCAACUGAACCGUUUGUCCUAUCUGGAGGCAAGGACAAGUCAGUGGUUUUCUGGAGUAUUCACGAUCAUAUCUCUACUCUGGCAACAGUAAUAGGGCCCACAAAGUCUUCGGGAUCUACUGGCACAAGUACGAAAUGUGCCUCUAAGGGUGGUGGGAGUAAUGAUAAACCUGUGGAUGGCCCUUCCAUUGGGCCACGAGGUAUCUACCGGGGCCAUGAGGAUACCGUUGAAGAUGUACAAUUCUGCCCUGCAAAUGCUCAGGAAUUCUGCAGCAUAGGUGAUGAUUCUUGUCUUAUAUUAUGGGAUGCAAGAACUGGUUCCAGUCCGGCUGUUAAGGUUGAGAAAGCUCAUAGUGCAGAUAUUCAUUGUGUUGAUUGGAAUCCUCAAGACAUAAAUCUCAUUUUGACUGGGUCUGCUGAUAAUAUUGUUCACAUAUUUGACCGUCGAAACCUCUCUUCUGGUGGAGUUGGAUCACCUGUUCAUAAAUUUGAGGGCCACAGUGCAGCCGUCCUUUGUGUACAGUGGUCUCCAGACAAGUCAUCAGUCUUUGGAAGUUCUGCUGAGGAUGGGAUCUUAAACAUCUGGGAUCAUGAAAAGAUUGGGAAAAAGCAAGAUAGUUCUGGACUGAAGGUACCAACUGCUCCUCCUGGCCUAUUCUUUCGACAUGCAGGGCAUAGAGACAAGGUUGUUGACUUUCACUGGAAUACAUCUGAUCCAUGGACGAUUGUCAGCGUGUCGGAUGAUUGUGAAAGCACUAAUGGUGGUGGCACUCUACAGAUAUGGCGGAUGAUUGAUUUGAUUUAUCGUCCUACCGAGGAGGUCCUAUCUGAGCUGGAGAAGUUUAAAUCUCACAUUCUGGCAUGUGGAAAAAAUUAGUAAAAUUGUAUUAUUUUAGUCCUAACUAAAGUUGUUGAAACUAGAUCUUUUCUUUGAAAACCAUCCAUUCUCAUGUAGGGAAAAACCAUUGAGGUACGAAUGGUAAUGCAGAACAUUAGGUGGUUGGUAGGCACUCUUAAACCUUGCUUAUCACCUACGUUUUUUUUUUUUUCUUUUUUAAUGUUAAUUAUUGUUCUAUUGGCACUUAGUAAGGUCAUUUGCAUAUAAAAGUUCAAAACAAAAGUUAAAGUACAAAUUUGAUCAUUUUUACUGCAUGCACUGAGAAUUUAUAUAUUUUAAUA